UAUAUAUAUAUAAACCGGAUUUAGUUUCGAAUCUUGAUCUCUCAUACGAUUGUUCGGGUGGGUUGCUUGGUGAUCAUAAGAAUUUUCUCCUCCUUAUCUCUUCCGAGAUAAGCUUGUAAUCUGGUGGCUGCGUAAGGAAAGAAGAUGUGGGCGGCUUCUUGCCUCGCGUCGUGCUGUGCAGCUUGCGCUUGCGAUGCCUGCCGCACGGUUGUUUCCAGUAUUAGCCGAAGGUCUGCAAGGAUUGCAUACUGUGCCCUCUUUGCACUCUCUCUGAUUGUUUCUUGGAUUCUUAGAGAAGUUGCUGCUCCUCUUAUGGAGAAGAUCCCUUGGAUCAACACUUUCCAUGAAACACCUAGCAGGGAUUGGUUUCAAACUGAUGCAGUCCUGCGGGUUAGCUUGGGAAAUUUUCUCUUCUUCACCAUUCUAUCUGUGAUUAUGGUUGGUGUGAAAAGUCAAAGGGAUCCCCGUGAUAAUAUUCACCAUGGUGGAUGGAUGGUGAAACUCAUUUGUUGGUUCCUUCUAGUGGUACUAAUGUUUUUCAUUCCCAACGAAAUUAUUACCUUUUACGAGUCUAUAUCAAAAUUUGGCUCGGGAUUGUUUCUUCUCGUUCAAGUUGUUCUUUUGCUGGAUUUUGUUCAUAGAUGGAAUGAAACCUGGGUCGGAUAUGAUGAGCAGUUUUGGUACAUUGCCUUAUUUGUUGUUUCACUUUUCUGUUAUGUGGCCACGUUUGUCUCGUCUGGGUUCCUCUUCCAUUGGUUCACACCAUCAGGACAUGAUUGUGGGCUCAACACCUUCUUUAUUGUCACGACCCUAAUUUUUGCGUUUGUUUUUACCGUUGUUGCACUACACCCUUCAGUCGGUGGCAGUGUUUUGCCUGCAUCGGUCAUCUCGCUAUACUGCAUGUAUCUCUGUUACUGUGGACUUGCUAGUGAACCAAGAGACUAUGAAUGUAAUGGUCUCUACAAGCAUUCCAAGGCUGUUUCUACUGCCACUCUUGCCUUAGGUCUUCUCACAACUUUUCUAUCGGUUGUCUAUUCUGCUGUUCGUGCUGGUUCUUCUACAACCUUGCUUUCCCCUCCAAGUUCACCUCGUGCAGGAGAGCCAUUGCUUCCUCUUGAGAAUUCGGGUGAGCGCGAGGAAAAAGAGAAGGCAAGGCCAGUUUCAUAUUCAUAUUCAUUUUUCCACGUCAUCUUCUGUCUUGCUAGUAUGUACUCAGCAAUGCUCCUGACUGGAUGGACCUCCUCAGUUGGCGAAGGCGAAAGGUCGGUUGGUGUCAGGUGGGCAUCGGUGUGGGUUCGGGUUGUGACCGGCUGGGCUACUGCAGCAUUAUUCAUCUGGUCUUUGAUUGCUCCUCUUCUGUUCCCAGACUGGGAAUUUUGAGCACAAUAUUUGAUGAUGUUAAUGGUGUCUAAACUCUAAGUAAGUCUUAUUGCAUGCACGAAGGCCGUGAACGAAAAUGUCUAGUGUAUAUGGGGUUCACUGUGUUCACUUGCAUAUGAGCUUAUAACAAAGUUGUAAUAUAAACUAAAGUCAUAAACUCUGUCCAAACAGUUAGCUGUUUGGAUGAAAU